AUGUCCUCUAAGAUAGACUCGGAUUUGCAGAAGAGUCUGAAGAAAGCAUGUUCUAUAGAAGAAACGGCCCCCAAGAGAAAGCAUGUCCGUGCAUGUAUCCUUUACACAUGGGACACUAAAUCUUCCAGAGCCGUCUUCCAGACUUUGAAAUCAUUACCUUUGGCGAACGACGAAGUGCAAUUAUUCAAGUCUUUGAUUGUUCUUCAUAAGAUUAUUCAAGAAGGUCACCCUUCCGCGGUGAAGGAGGCCAUUAGAGAAAAGGAUUGGAUUCAUUCGCUGGGAAGAAUACAUCCAGGCUCUGCAACCUACGGCAAGUUAAUUAGAGAAUACGUGAAUUAUCUAGUAUUGAAAUUAAAUUUCCAUCAACAUCAUCGUGGGUUUAAUAAUGGGAUGUUUGAAUAUGAAGAGUAUGUAUCUCUGGUGGCAGUGGCUGAUCCAGAUGAUGGGUACGAGACUAUCUUGGAUUUAAUGUCCUUGCAGGACUCCCUAGACGAUUUGGCUCAGAUUAUCUUUGCCUCCAUCCAAGCAGAUAGUUUAAAUACCGAGUGUAGGAUUUCUGCAUUAAUUCCCUUGAUUGCUGAAUCGUACGGUAUUUACAAGUUUGUAACAUCCAUGUUGAGAGCAAUGCAUAUACAAUUGAAUGACCCAGAGGGAGAUGAAGCAUUAAGACCAUUGGAAGAACGUUACGACUUGCAACAUGCAAGAUUGUUUGAAUUGUAUGCAGAUUGUUCAUCUAUUAAAUUCUUAACUACUUUGGUGACCAUUCCUAAACUACCUACGACACCACCAAAUUUGAAUGUUACUAAUGAUGAAGGCGAUGAAACAAGUAAAGAAAUUAAAUUCCAAAGAAAGAGUCCUGUAAAGAAGGCACCUUCCACUGCUUCAGUGAAUAGAGUUCCAUCAUCUCAAAAUUUAUCUAAUAGAAAUGCAAGUACUGCAUCAUUCAUGACCCCAGUGGCAACAGCUUCUGCAGCAGCUGCAAUGAUACCAACAGUGACUGCUGCAGCAAUGAUGGCUACCCCCACAGCAAUGAUGUCACAACAAUAUCAGCAACAACAACAACCUGAUUUUUGGGUAAACCAACAGGCUCAAUAUGCUAAUGAACAAGCACGUUUGGAACAAGAACGUCAAUUACAAUUACAGCAACAACAAGCGCAACAACAGGCGUUCCAACAGCAGUUACAACAAGCACAAAAUGAUAUGAUGCAAAUGCAAUUGCAACAACAAAAUCAACAUCAAACUGAUCUAAUCGCUUUAACGGAUCAACAUGAUAAAGAUCAGACUCUCUUAUCUCAGUAUGAUCAAAGAGUACAACAAUUAGAAAAUGAAAUUAAGACUAUGGAUCAAAAUGUGUCUCAACAGAUUGCUAAUAAAGAUGAACAAAUGAUUGGAUUACAGGAUCAAUUGACUGUAUGGGAGAAGAAAUAUGAUUCGUUGGCUAAGUUAUAUUCUCAAUUACGUCAAGAACAUUUGAAUUUGUUACCUAAAUUCAAGAAAUUGCAAAUGAAAGUUAAUAGUGCGCAAGAAUCCAUUAAGGAAAAGGAACAAAUUGAAAAUAAACUGAAAAAUAAGGAUCUUCAAUUGGCUCAGUUGAUAAAGGAACGUGAUAGAGCACAAUUAGAGUUAGAAAGAAAUAAGAGCCUCACUCCUCAACAACCACAAAUUGAUGAAUCUACAUUGGCAAAAGUUAAUAUGGAUAAAUUGAUACCUAUAUUAGAUGCAGUUUUAGAAAGUGGUAUAAAUACCAUUCAAGAGUCCAUAUAUAAUUUAGAUUCUCCAAUGAGUUGGUCCGGACCAUUAUCACCACCUUCCUUCAUAUUAUCCCUUGUUGAGGGGACAUCUGAAAAGGCAACAGAUUUUGCUACGAAAUUUAAUGAUUUGAUUGUAGAUGGUAUAGUUGAUGGUGAUCAAAUAUCAGUGAUCCUUGGUAUCAGUGAAUUUAGUAACUCCGUUGCCACAUUAGUCACAAAUUGUAAAGCUUACUCAGAAACAUCAUUAUCGGAUGAUCCACGUGGGGAAGAACUGGUCAAUCUAGUAAAGAGAUGUGCUCGUGAAGCACAAUAUUUCUUUGAGGAUUUAACAUCGGAGAAUUUGGCCGAUCAAGAUGAUGAGGCAAAGACAGACACUGUCAUUAAUGCUAACGUGGACAUGCAAGAAAAAUUACAGGAACUAACAUUAGCCAUUGAACCAUUCCUACGUGAGGCACCUUCCAAAUCCAAUGGAACCAAUGCACAUCAAGAAUUGGUGGCCACAGCACAAAACAUUGUCAAAUCAUCUCAACAAUUACGUGUCAAUCUUGAUGUUGAUGGUGUUCCAAAGCCACUGUUGGCAUUAGCAUUAGCUAUCAUUGAUGCUGUCGUGGCAUUAGUGCAAGCAGCCAUUCAAUGUCAAAAUGAAAUUGAGUCCACCACUAAGACACCAUUAAGUCAAUUUUAUAAAAAGAAUAGUAGAUGGACAGAAGGUUUAAUCUCUGCUGCAAAAGCUGUGGGGACCGCUACCAACAUGUUGAUUGGAACUGCAACGAAAUUGACCACAGGCGGUGAUACUUCACCAGAGGAAUUUAUUGUAGCAUCGAAAGAAGUGGCAGCAUCGACGGCUCAGUUAGUGGCCGCUUCAAGAGUGAAAGUUAAUGCACAUUCAAAAUCACAAGAGGCAUUGGAAAGCUCAUCUAAGGAUGUUAAUUCUGCAUGUAAACAAUUAGUCUCUCAUGUGAUGGAAGGUGUCAAUAAGAAUCAAGAUAAUGAAAAACCAUUGGAAUUCUCGUCCGAGCAUAUGGUUAAGACAGCUGAGAUGGAGCAACAAGUGGAUAUAUUGAAAUUGGAACAACAAUUAAGCAAUGCUAGAAAGAGAUUAGGUGAGAUAAGGAAGCAUGCUUAUUAUAAUAGUGAAGAUUUCGAAUAG